CAUUUUGAAUUUUUUUCUUAAAAUUCUUUCACUUCAAGAUAUCCUUCAUGGUUUAGAAGUGAAGAUGGAUGGCAAAGAGCGGGAAGAGGAACAACCGGGCGGAGAGGACGCCGCCGAGAAGAAGGGGCUUGUGAUAAAGAUUCCCUCGUACCAGGACGUUCUUCAAGCCUCUCAGUCCAAAACGGCACCGUCUUCUCUCUUCCACCCCAGUAGCUCAUUCUCUCAAGCCUUCAGUUUUGUCAAGAAUUCCGAGUUCUACUCUCAGCCGCCUCCGCCUUCCUCACAAGCUCCUCCCGUUUCACAAACCGUUGCUCCGAGUGAAUCAGAAGCUCCAUCUUCACCAGCAACGUGGCAAUCAUCAUCAUCUGCUGCAGCUCCACCCCCUCGAAAUGCGAUACUUGUUAGCCAUAGGCAGAAGGGAAAUCCUGUGCUGAAACAUAUUCGGAAUGUUAGAUGGACGUUUGCAGAUGUUGUUUGUGACUACCUACUGGGGCAGAAUGCUUGUGCCCUAUAUCUUAGCCUUCGAUAUCAUCUGCUUCAUCCAGACUAUCUGUUCUUUCGGAUAAGGGAGUUGCAGAAGAACUUCAGGCUUCGUAUUGUUUUGUGCCAUGUUGAUGUUGAAGAUGUUGUUAAGCCUUUACAUGAAGUUACAAGGACAGCCCUACUCCAUGAUUGCACCCUUUUAUGUGCUUGGAGUUCGGAAGAAUGUGCACGUUACUUAGAGACAAUCAAAGUUUAUGAAAACAAGCCUGCUGAUUUAAUUCAAGGCCAAAUGGAUACAGACUUUCUAUCUCGGCUAAAUCAUGCUCUCACAUCAAUCCGGCAUGUCAACAAGACAGAUGUUGUCACCCUUGGCUCCACAUUUGGGUCUCUUUCUCACAUAAUGGAUGCAUCCAUGGAAGAUCUUGCUCGUUGCCCUGGAAUAGGAGAGCGCAAGGUAAGACGCCUAUAUGACACUUUCCAUGAACCCUUCCAGCGUGAAGUGUCUAAACAUGCAGUUCCUGAAGUGGCUGCUAAUGAAAAUACGGGGCCAAGCUCUGUCACUCAAGGAGACAAAGACGAGAUAGAAGUAGAAGAUGCGAAGAUGCACAGAAACAAGGAGCCUGACAUAACAAUCAAGACGGCACUCUCAGCUGCCUUUGCCAAGUAUUCUCAUAGAAAAAAGAAUAAAUCACAACAAAAAGAUGAUGAAGGGUUCAACACCUCCACCCCAGAAGCAAACAAGAAAAAUAAUAGUGAUGAAUGAGUAUGAUGGAGUUCGUCAACCAUUAAAAGUAGACCAACCAAUUCCAAGAAGCUUCAAGGGGGGACUGUCCACAGGUGGUCAACAGAUUUUAACUUAUUUUUUGUGGCGAUGGGUACAAUAAAAUGUGGGAUCUUGCAAUGUAAAUUAAAAAAAAAGGAUGUGGUUAGCAGUCUGAACACACUUGCCAAUUAGCAUCAUGAUAGAUUUAUCUUGGCCACAUCCGCACCCAUAGUAGCUUUCCAAUUCCAACAAUCCAAAAGUGCUAUCUCCUUGAAGCCUUACAAGAAGCUGAAUGACAAUCUCAAAUCCAAUUAACUUGAAACAAAUCUAAAUCCAAUCAACUUGAAAUUGAAGUCGCUGCAGAAUGAGAUUUGAGAAUGAGUUUGUGGUAGAAAAAAUUCUUUAUUGGAAGAGAAUUUCUGAAAAUUACAAUAGGUAGGUAUUUUAAUUUUUAACUUUUACUAAUUUCAUGUUUCUUUCUGUAGAAGAUCUGUGAGGGCAUGCGUUUUUAUUAGAUCAUAAUAAUAAUAAUAUCAAUCAUAAUAAAAGCAUAAUAGUAGAUAUGAGUAUAUUCCCAGUUUUAUUGUAAACCAGCUUUAGAAUAAUCUAUUUGAGUAAAAGGAUAGAAUGUUUACCACAAACAAAUGUUUGGCAUUGAGGCAG